GACCUUGUCUUGGACCGAAUCCGCAAGCUGGCUGACCAGUGCACAGGUCUUCAGGGCUUCUUGGUUUUCCACAGCUUUGGCGGGGGUACUGGCUCUGGGUUCACCUCCCUGCUGAUGGAGCGGCUCUCUGUUGAUUACGGAAAGAAGUCCAAGCUGGAGUUCUCCAUCUACCCAGCCCCCCAGGUUUCCACUGCUGUGGUUGAGCCCUACAAUUCCAUCCUCACCACCCACACCACCCUGGAGCACUCUGAUUGUGCCUUCAUGGUAGACAACGAGGCCAUCUAUGACAUCUGUCGUAGAAACCUCGACAUUGAGCGCCCAACCUACACUAACCUAAAUAGGUUGAUAGGUCAAAUUGUGUCUUCCAUCACUGCUUCCCUCAGAUUUGAUGGGGCCCUGAAUGUUGACCUGACAGAAUUCCAGACCAACCUGGUGCCCUACCCUUGUAUCCACUUCCCUCUGGCCACCUAUGCCCCUGUCAUCUCUGCUGAGAAAGCCUACCAUGAGCAGCUUUCUGUAGCAGAGAUCACCAAUGCCUGCUUUGAGCCAGCCAACCAGAUGGUGAAAUGUGACCCUCGCCAUGGUAAAUAUAUGGCCUGCUGCCUGCUGUACCGUGGUGAUGUGGUUCCCAAAGAUGUCAAUGCUGCCAUUGCCACCAUCAAGACCAAGCGUACCAUCCAGUUUGUAGAUUGGUGCCCCACUGGUUUCAAGGUUGGCAUUAAUUACCAGCCUCCCACUGUGGUACCUGGUGGAGAUCUGGCCAAGGUCCAGAGGGCUGUGUGCAUGCUGAGCAACACCACAGCCAUUGCUGAGGCCUGGGCUCGCCUAGAUCACAAGUUUGAUCUGAUGUAUGCCAAGCGUGCCUUUGUGCACUGGUAUGUGGGUGAGGGCAUGGAGGAGGGGGAGUUCUCUGAGGCCCGUGAGGACAUGGCUGCCCUGGAGAAGGAUUAUGAGGAAGUGGGUGUGGAUUCUGUUGAAGGAGAGGGUGAGGAAGAAGGAGAGGAAUACUAAAUUAAAUGUCAUGAAGGUGCUGCUUUUACAGGGAAGUAAUUCUGUUCCAACAUAGAAGGUUGUGGUCUGAUCAGUUAAUUUGUAUGUGGCAAUGUGUGCUUUCAUACAGUUACUGACUUAUGCUUUAAACGUGAAUGAUUUGUCAUAGACCCAAGUUGUCCAUCUCACUGAUGGGUUUUAAAUAAAAUA